AUGCUUUCCAAGUGGUCUGUACUCGGCUUCGCGGCCACCGUCCUGGCCCAGACAAACGGCACAGCUCCAACUCUGGCUGAAGCAUUGAACUCGUCCACUCAGCUCGCCAGCUUGAGCGGUGUUCUUGCUCUCCCUGGCCUUGCUCAGCUUGUCCAGUCCCUCAGCAGCGCACAGAAUGUCACCCUUCUUGCGCCCUCGAACGAAGCCUUCGCCAACGUCGGCAAUGCUACACUCGGAGCCCUGACCUCCAACGAGGGACUGCUCACGGCACUGCUGCAAUACCACGUUCUGAACGGCACAAUCCUUUCCUCUGCAAUUACCAACCAGAGCCAAUUCGUCCCGACACUCUUGAACAACCCGCUGUUCACCAAUGUGACUGGUGGUCAGGUCGUCGAGGCUGUUGCGUCUGGAGGCAAUGUCACCUUCUUCAGUGGUUCUCUCUCGAACUCAUCUGUCACUCAGGCUGAUGUCAACUUUACCGGUGGUGUGAUCCACGUCAUUGACCGGUUCCUCGUCCUGCCUGAAGUUCCCUCGGACACGCUUACCACUGCCAACCUUACUUCCCUCCGUGGUGCCCUGAAUGCCACCAACCUUCUUGACGCUGUUGACUUCACACCCGAUGUCACCAUCUUCGCCCCUUCCAACCAGGCUUUCCAGGACAUCGGCUCUGCUCUUGGCAACCUUUCCACUGAGGACAUCACCAACAUUCUGACUUACCACGUUGUUAACGGUACCGUCGGAUACUCGUCCGGUAUUGAGAACGGUACUACUCUGACAACUCUCAACGGUCAGAACCUCACAAUCACCAUUGGCGAGGAGGGUCGCAUCUUCGUCAACAGCGCUCGCGUUACCAUCGCCGAUGUCCUUGUCGCUAACGGUGUUGUUCACGUUAUUGACGAGGUUCUUAAUCCCUCAAACGCUACCAUCGCCGAUCCCUCUGACGAGGAGGGUGAGGGUGCUUUCCCUGGCGCUACCCCCGUCGCUGAGGCACCCUUCACUUCUGGACAGCCUACACCCACCACGUCCAUCAACGAAGCAGCUACCAGCGCUGCUGCCCCAGGCGCCUCAUCUUCAAGUACCGCUGGUGCUCCUGCUGCCAUGAAGACUGGCUCCUUUGGUAUGGGCGCCCUUUUGGGUGCCGCCGCUGUCUACGCAUUCAACUAA